AUGUCUGGAAGAGGCAAAACCGGCGGAAAGGCCCGCGCUAAGGCCAAGACUCGCUCAUCCCGAGCUGGACUGCAGUUCCCCGUGGGCCGUGUUCACAGGCUCCUCCGUAAAGGGAACUACGCUGAGCGUGUUGGUGCCGGCGCUCCGGUCUAUUUGGCCGCUGUGCUGGAGUAUCUGACUGCUGAGAUUCUGGAGUUGGCUGGUAACGCUGCUCGCGACAACAAGAAGACCCGUAUCAUUCCCCGGCACCUGCAGCUCGCCGUGCGUAACGAUGAGGAGCUGAACAAACUGCUCGGCGGAGUGACCAUCGCUCAGGGUGGUGUGCUGCCUAAUAUCCAGGCUGUGCUUCUGCCCAAGAAGACCGAGAAGAGCGCGCCGGCUACCGGCGGUGUUAAGAAGCCUCAUCGUUAUAGGCCCGGCACUGUGGCUCUGAGGGAGAUUCGCCGUUAUCAGAAGUCUACCGAGCUGCUCAUCCGUAAGCUGCCGUUCCAGCGCCUGGUGAGAGAAAUCGCUCAGGAUUUUAAGACCGACCUGCGCUUUCAGAGCUCGGCUGUCAUGGCCCUGCAGGAGGCGAGCGAGGCCUAUCUCGUCGGUCUGUUCGAAGACACCAACCUUUGCGCUAUUCACGCCAAGAGAGUGACAAUCAUGCCCAAGGACAUUCAGCUGGCCCGCCGUAUUCGCGGAGAGCGCGCUUAAGCCACAACUCCGUCUAAUCUUCACAAAGGCUCUUUUCAGAGCCACUUCAUUGUUUCAGAAAAGUCGGCAUGUUUCUCUAUUCUUAAAUUAUGGGGUUGGGUUUGAACAAAUCUUCAUAUGCAUAAUGAUUACACUCAAAAACUAAUCACACAUUUUAUCAUAACACUUAAUAUACGACAAUACAUUUAUUAUAAAUGAGUUAUUCAGGAAUUCUCAAGUUAGUUGUGAACUUAGGGUUAAGUGUGGCUGUGGUAAAAGUUUUGUAUGUGGUCUUCAGAAUACCAGAGUACUGCAGAUGACUUUUUGAUUUAAUGUAAAAUAAUCAUGUGCAAGAGAGGAAAAAUUUUAUAAUUCAUUUAGCAAAAUAUAAGAGCAAACUUAAUACAAAGCUAUUCAUGCAAGUUUCACUUGUCCUUAAGUGUGUCUACAUCUUUUUGGCCAAAACAUGUACAUUAGAUCAUUAUUGCAACUUUUGGUAGAAUGCUUGUGUACAUGUAAAUUAUCUGUGCACAAUCCAGGUUUUUGUUUUACUUUUUUAAUGCAAAUAUAAACGUUUAGCUUCACAUUAACUGGUUUUGAUACUGUA